GUGCAAGUACCCGCUCAACCUUAGGCAGUUGUGACAAUGAGCUAUAUAUAAAAGUUAAAACAAAUUACCAACAAGGAAAUCUACGAUUCAAGAUGGCGACACUAGGUAUGCUGUUGCUACUCCUGUCCACUACAGGAGUAGCCAUGGCAUCCGAUUGCUAUUCCACUAUCUCUGAGUACAAUUUGUUGUACGGCAGUCUGAGGUAUAAGAGUGAGUCGUUCUACUGUAAAGAGAGAUGUUGUGGAGUGUACAGUGGCUACCAAAACUGCUGUACUGACAUGUCCACUGCUUCCGCGUUGACGGUAGCCGGUAUGGCGAUCGGCAGUCUGGUCGGCGGAGGGCUAUUCGUAGCCUUUUUUAGGUUAUGUUUGUACUGUAUAAAAGCCAAACUACGCUCCAGGACACCUACGACCGGACGGGAUAUCAGGACACCGGUGACCAGACCGGUUUUCGGGACACCGGCGACCAGACCACAUAUUACAUACAUCAACGCGUAUUCUGUCCAGCCGGAAAAUACAGUUCAACCAGGAAUGCAACCCUAUCGUAACCAAGGUUUUACGCCGGACGCUGGUACCGCGUUAAUUCCCGGACCUGUCACCGACACACCUGGUGGGGGUGGGGGGGUUGAAUGUGGAGGCUGUGAUAAGGAUCGAUGA